AUGGCUAGUUUACGGUUGGACAACCCGGUCGGUCCGGCUCGGCUUGUGGUCCAGGUUCAGGCUCAGAACCAGUCUGCGGUCCACAGUGGUUCUCCGGGUCUGCAGGUGUCCUGGUCUCGUUCUGCAGGUCACGUGGACUGGUAUGACGUGACUCUGGAGGACUCCGGCUCCGGGACCACCUUUAGGACCAGAAUCAAGGAUUCUGCAAUCCGCCGGUCUGGUUUCAGCUCUCUGGUCCCCGGGACUUCAUACACCAUCAGCGUCGUGGCUUCAGCCGGCAACAAGACCGCCCCCCCUGUCCACCGGAGGGCCUCGACAGCACCAUCGUCUGUCCACAACCUCCAGGUGGCGUCUUUGUCCUCAGACCGGCUCUAUGUGUCCUGGCGGGGCGGACCGGGCCGAGCUGAGCGCUUCAGGGUUCUGCUGACGGACCCGGACCGGGUUUUGUGGAAGAACAUCUCUGUGCCGAACACCGAGACCUCCGCCGAGCUGGACGGGCUGCGACCCGGCACCCUGUACGCCGUCACCGUGGAAACGGAGGCUGUCGGCCUGACAAGCCGCGCCUCCAAACAGGCCGUCACAGUCCCAGCACUGGUCUCAGAUCUGAGGUUGGACAACAACGGCAGCUCUGACCGUCUGCAGGCCUCCUGGGUGUCCCCUGUUGGCGGCAUGGACGUCUAUCUGGCGACUUUGUCGGCUUUGGGUUUGCCCACACAGGAGCGCCGUCUCCAUCCCAACAUCACCCGACUGGUAUUUGGCGGUCUGACCCCCGGUCGCAGCUACCAGCUGUGUAUCAGGACAACCGCCGGAGGACAAAGCUCAGAGACCCGGACCAGCGGGAGGACAGUCCCUCUGCCGGUGCCGUCUCUCUCCAUGACGCCCCUCAGUGACGGCAGUACCCUGAGGCUCAGCUGGACGCCCCCCAGAGGAGACUGGGAGAAGUUCAGUGUCCUUCUGAGGGACGGCUUGACGGUCCUGAUGAACCAGAGCGUCAGUAAACCGAGCCGACUUCACCUCUUCUCCAUCCCCGGUCUGGUGCCGGGUCGACUCUAUGGGGCAGAGGUCACGGUUCACAGUGGCAUUCUGGGUAACACGGCUCACUGCCAGGGGCAACUGGGUGAGUUCACCUUCAAUUAA